AUGCAGAGCGGGACGCGGAGGGAUGCGGAGCGGGAUGCAGAGUGGGAUGAGGAGUGGGAUGCGGAGCGGGACACGGCGCUCACGGCGGCUCCCGCAGCCCCGGCGCACCUCGCCGAGGGGCUGCACAAGAAGAAGCACACGCGUCCCACCUUCACGGGCCACCAGAUCUUCGCGCUGGAGAAGACGUUCGAGCAGACCAAGUACCUGGCGGGGCCGGAGCGCGCCCGGCUCGCGUAUUCCCUCGGCAUGACCGAGUCGCAGGUGAAGGUUUGGUUCCAGAACCGUCGGACCAAGUGGAGGAAGAAGAGCGCCCUGGAGCCUUCGUCCUCCUCGCAGCGGGCCGGGGGCGGCGAGCGGGCGGCCUCGGAGCCCGAGGACGACGAGUACAACAAGCCCCUGCAUCCCGACUCG